UUGGAGACUCACCACAGGCAGAGCAGAGAGUAGACAAACAAAGCUCUCAGACUGGACUAAUUCUUUCUUUGUUGGAUCACUUCUCUCAAGUCUGGGUCUUCAUGCAUUUUUGCAUUAGAGUGCAUGAAUGUGGAAGUUUGUAAAUAUAAUUCUAACUACCUGUAGACAUGGAUACAUCCUCUUCUGUGAGCGCUCUUCUCCUAGCCCUUCUCCUCUUCCUUGACCCAUGCGGCCACUUCUUUGUCUGGGCUGCAAUGGACUCCUGCUAUGACGAGGAAGGCACCCCAAGCCGCUGCAUGCCGGAGUUUGAGAACAUCGCCUUCAAUCGGACCGUGGUGGCAUCAAAUGUGUGUGGUUCCCCACGCGAGGACUACUGCAUGCAGACCGGCUCAACACGCUCAUGCCACUUCUGCGACGCCUCCGACCCAGAGCUAAGCCACAACGCCAGCCUCCUGACAGACUUCAACAGGAACGAGGUGCCCACGUGGUGGCAGAGCCAGUCCAUGUACUAUGGCAUCCAGCAUCCCAAUUCUGUCAACCUCAGCUUGCAUCUCGGGAAGGCUUUUGAGAUAACCUAUAUACGGUUGAAAUUCUACACCAGUCGGCCGGAGAGCUUCGCCAUUUACAAGCGCACGGAAGAGGAUGGGCCGUGGCUGCCUUACCAGUAUUAUAGCGCCUCCUGUAAGAAGACCUAUGGGAAGGAUGCUAAGGGUUUUAUCCGCCCAGGAGAUGAUGAGCGGACGGCUUUAUGUACAGAUGAGUUCAGUGAUAUCUCUCCCCUCACUGGAGGAAACGUGGCUUUCUCAACCCUGGAGGGACGGCCCAGUGCGUACAACUUCGACCAAAGUGUGGUGUUGAAGGAAUGGGUGACAGCCACUGACCUGCUCAUCUCUUUGGACAGGCUGAACACCUUUGGAGAUGAGUUCUUCAAGGAUGCUAAAGUUUUGCGCUCAUACUUCUACGCCAUUUCUGAUUUCUCUGUGGGUGGCAGAUGCAAGUGUAACGGUCACGCCAGCGAGUGUGUUGAGGGGGAACAUCAGAGGCUGGUCUGUGCCUGCCAACAUCACACCGUGGGAGAUGACUGCCAGAGAUGUCACCCCUUUUACCAGGACAGACCCUGGGCCAGGGCCACUGGGGACUCCGCCAACGAGUGUCUGAAGUGUAACUGCAGUGGGAGGUCAGAUGAGUGUGUGUUCGACAUGGAGCAGUACCGCAGCACCGGCAGUGGGGGGCGCUGCGUGAGCUGCAGAGACAACACGGAUGGGCCCCAUUGUGAGCGCUGCAGGGAGAACCACUACAGGAUGUCUGCCGAGGAGCCCUGCCUGCCCUGCAACUGCAAUGUGAAUGGUUCAGUGAGUCUGCAGUGUGAUGCAGAGGGAAGGUGUGCGUGUCGAGCUGGCGUGACAGGGGAGAAGUGUGACACAUGUCGGGCCGGCUUUCACUCGCUCGGCCCCAGUGGCUGCAGGCCAUGUGAGUGUGACCCCAGCGGAAGUGUGGAUGACUGCUCUCCUCUGGAUGGACGCUGUUACUGUAAGCUGAACGUGGAGGGACAGAGCUGUGGCAGAUGCAAGCCAGGAUUUUUCGACCUACAACAAGUAAACCCAGCAGGCUGCCAGGCGUGUUUCUGCUUUGGCCACUCACUGGCCUGCUCCUCGUCCAAUCACUAUACUGCUGUCAACGUCACCUCUGACUUCACUGAAGAUCAGGACGGCUGGUUGGGAGAGUUCUCUGGAGGGCAGGAGUACCCCCUGCUGUGGAAGGAAGGUGAAGUCUACCUGCUGCCUCUAACUGAGGAAGACAUCGGCUUCUACAAAGCACCAAAGAAAUUCCUGGAUCAUCAAGUCCACAGCUACGGCCAGCUCCUCUCCAUCACCUUCACCUCCGAGACCGCCGCGCUGCUCCCCAACCACGUCACCUUGCUCCUCCAAGGCUCUGGAGUCACCCUGUCUGCCGACCUUUCACCCACACCAGUGCUUGACCAUGACCCCGGCCUCACACCGCGGCACUCCUUCGUUGUCAGGCUUCAUGAAAAUGAGAAGAGAUUCAAACCUCCAUUGUCUGCCUUUGAGUUCCAACAACUCCUUUACAACCUGACAGCUCUCAGAAUCAGCAACGCUGGAGGACAAAACUAUACGUCGCAGCUUGCAGGGGUGACCAUGACUUCAGCUUUCAUCUCCUCUGGUCCAGCGUAUCCUCCUGCCCCAUGGGUGGAGUCUUGUUCCUGUCCCCCGGGUUUUACAGGCCAGUUUUGUGAGCAGUGCGCCCCAGGGUUCACCCGGGACGACCCCAGCAGAGGGCCUCUGUCAAGAUGUGUGCCGUGCAACUGCCACCAGCAUGGAACCUGUCAUCCAGAGACAGGUGUGUGCGAGUGCUCCGACUUCACCACCGGGAUGACCUGUGAGCACUGCCUGGAUGGUUACUAUGGUAACGCUUUGAGUGGCACGCCUGGUGAUUGUCAGCCGUGCCCUUGCCCUGACCGUAGCAGCUGUGCGGAAAUUGCGCAGACAGGACAGGUGGUCUGUACCAACUGCCCUAAAGGACAGACAGGGAUGCGCUGUCAGAUGUGUGAAGAUGGUUACUAUGGUGACCCCCUGGGACAGUCUGGGACAGCUCGACCGUGUGUGAGAUGCGACUGCAAUGGCAACGUGGACUUCAACGCGGUGGGAGUAUGUGACCACAUUACCGGCCGAUGUCUGAAAUGCCUGGGACACACAGAGGGCGAGCACUGCCAACACUGCCAGAGGGGUUUCUACGGCGAUGCCCUGAACCAGACAGCUGGGCCGAAGUGCAAACCCUGCAGCUGUAAUUCUGCCGGAACCUUUGGGCAUGUAAAUGAAUGCCACCCUCAGACAGGAAAUUGCCUUUGCCUCGGUCAUGUGUCCGGACGGGAUUGCAGUUAUUGUGAAGUCGGCUUCUUCAACCUCCAGCCAGGUGUAGGAUGUGAAAGGUGCAAGUGCAACCCCAUUGGCUCAUCGUCCAUCGCGUGUCAUCCAAUCACAGGGCAGUGUGUGUGUCGUGCAGGAGUGGAGGGGAGGCUGUGUGAUUCUUGCCGUGUGGGCUUCUUUGGAUUCUCAUCACGAGGUUGCAGAGCCUGUAACUGUGACCCAAUGGGCUCCAUUUCCAUGCAGUGUCACAGUAACGGUACCUGCCACUGUCGCCAGGGCUUCGUGGGUUAUAAGUGUGACAAAUGUGAGCUGAACUAUUUCCACAACAGAGCCACACACCAGUGUGAGGAGUGCCCAGUUUGCUAUGGUCUUGUGAAGAAACAGGCGGAAAAGCUGAGGACUCGCCUGCAGGAUUUGGAGAAGCUGCUGGCUCACUUUGAUUGCCGAGGUAGAUUUGGGAAGCAGCACCACCUGCUUAAGUAUCACAUGGCCCGGCUUUAUGAGCAUGAGCACCAGAGGGAGGAUACUCUACCCAAUGCUCUGGAGGAUUUUCUGGCCUUCCAAGAAGCGCGGGAGGCCUUCAUAAAACAAUUUUCCUUGCUGGAAGCUUCCACGGGCACACUCUUAGCCCAGCUGCAUGGCAUUACAUCGACUUUGAACUGCAGCAUCAGCAUGACAGAGGAAGAGGGGAAGGAGAGGAGGAAGGAUAAAGGGAGCGGGGGCGUGUGUGAGACCUUCACAGGGACGACGCUUGUGGUCAGGGCGUCUCAGAGGCAGCUAAAACAGGCGACGCUGGACCUGGAUAACAUGAUCAUUCCCUUUGAGUUGGUGUCAGGACCCAACAAUUGGAACAUUAUGGUCAAUGAGUCACAGGCCCUAAUGAAAAGUCACAGAGAAACGGCAGACCACAUUGAGGCCAUAGCCAGCAGGGCGGUAAGAGCCUCGGAGCAGACCUUUGCUCUCCUGAUGGAUCUACUGCAGGACAACUCCACUGAGGAGUACAUCAGGAACCUAACGGAGCAAAUUACAGAAAUGCAGCAGCAGAAGGAAAACCUGACAGCGCAGGUGAAUGAAACAGUGGCCAAACAGCUGGCCCUGGAGGAGGAGGCUGCUGGUUUAAAGCUCGCCCUGGGUAACAUCACAUCAUCCUUACAUCAGCUGGCUCUGACAGAUGCCAGCGUAUCACCGGAGCAUGACCAAACACAGCUCAACCAAACAAAACCAACCAACCACACAGCAGAGUGGGGCGAGGACCUGCUGAAACAGACAGGAGAGCUGGACCGGCAAAUUCAGACCAAAGACAAUCUGGUCAGUAGGAUCACAGAGGAGAUGGAGCCUCUCAAACAGACUGCCAAUAAGACACUGGAGAUGGUGGAUGACAUCAGUGAGCUGCAAGCUCACGCUCAAGGGGCAAAGGUCAUGGCUUUGUCUUCCGUGGUGGCAGGGAAAGAGGUGGAAUCUGACGCCAUCGCCCUUCACAGACAACUGGAGUACAUGGUGAGGGAGUGGCCCCGUCAGCGGGUCCAGACCAAGGCUGCAAUGAAGAAAGAGAGACCUCUGGAGGAAAAGGUUCUCGCUGAUGUCAGAAAAAAGGUCUCACAGAUUGAGAAGAUGCUAAAACCAGCUCUGGAAAACUCCAGCCUCAUAAGUAACACCACAAAGGAAGCAGAACAGACAGCACAUGCUGUGGCGAAGGAAUCCAAAGCCAUUCUGACCCAGGCCAAACAUACCAAGACUGCAUCUGCUCACCUCAGCUCCCAUAUAGACUCUGCUUUACAACAGCUGUCUGAGCAGGAGAUGCUAUCUGACACCGCCAACUCCCACAUCACCUCAGAGCCAGAGGUGUCUCUGACCCACGUGAAGGAAGAUAUGGAAGCAGCCAAGCUCCAGUUAAAGGCCUAUUCUGAUGCACUAACUGAGCUAAUUAGCAAGAUUGAUGGGAACGUGCCGCUGCAGCGCUUUGACCGGAUCUUGGACGAGACAGCACGCCGCUUGAGCAUGCUUCGAGGGAGCGUCGAGAGCCCGACGCUGAGCUCCAAGAUCCAGAAGCUGCAUUCGGCCGCUCAGGAGCAGCACAGCCGGAUGUCCCUCAUUGAACAGGACUUACAGGAGAUCAGGGAGGAGAGAGACAGUCUCAGGGACAUCGCUUUAAACCUGCCAAAGUCCUGCCCCCAGGCCACAGCAGCAGGUAAAGUCUAGAUAUUGGAGAUGACGGGGAUUGGGGCAUUGAUAAGACAGCUGAACAGAGAAGACUGGGAGGAUUUUGUUAAUAAAAGGGGCUGUGGUCAUUUUUAUUCUGCUUCAAAAAGUCAGUUAUAGCCUUUUAUAUUCUUCCCUUUUCCACCUUGUCCCAAGAUACAGUUCAAUACACUGACACACACACAUUCCCUCAAAAGCCACAGACUUCUCCACUGCCUCCCAUGAUUUACACCUAAUCUACCUUUCUAUUUUUGUUUUUUCUCCCACGUUUUUUCUCCUCCCAACAACAUCAGAACUUUAAUUUCACCAUGAAUAAUAAUAACCAGGCGUUCUGAACUGCUGGAGUGCCCUGUCAAGUUUAAAAUAAUGCUGAUUUUCCAUUGCAGGGGUAAAAGGUGUGUCUGAGUGCUCCUCCAGACUGACACAUUCAUUUACACUUGAGUUCUUUUUCAUCAGCCUGGCUUAAUUAACAAUUAGUCCCCUUGGCCUCAGUGAGGUUCAGGUCAGGCUUCAGCAGCACACAACCUGUGUUCGGGAUUCUUAUGGUGUCUACCUCUCUUGUUUUUGUGGUUUCUUCUUUCUCUCUGUGUCACUAUCAAAUGGUCAAAGAUGCUGUGUAUAAGGGUCAAACUGUCUGGCUUCUGGUGACCAAAAUGAGCAGCAUCAAUUCCAGAAAAGCUGGGACGCUGUUUCAGUCAUAAAUAAAAACAGAAUGCAAUGAUGCAAAUCCUUUUUUUUAUAUAUAUUCAACUGAAUACAGUCCAAAGACAAGAUGUUUAAUGUUCAUACUCAAACUUUGGGGAUUCUUUUUGUAAAUAUACACUCAUUCUUAAACUGAUGUCUGCAACAUGUUCUAAAAAAGUUAGGACAGAGGCAUGUGUUUACCACUGUGUGACAUCACCUUUUGUUUAACAGCAUCCAAUAAGUGUUUGGAAAUUGAGGACAUUAAUUGUUUCAAAAAGUUUUGAAAGUGAAAUUCUUUUUCCCUGAAAAAGAUGAGAUUGGGAUGGCAGCAUAUGUUGCUCAAAAACCUAUGUAUUCAUGGUGCCUUCCUCAAGAUGUGUAAGUUGCCCAUGCCAUGGGCAACUUACAAACCCCUAACCAUCUCCUGUUUUUGAAACAUGUUGCAGGCAUCAUAUUCAGAAAAAGUGUAUUUUUUGCAAAUUUUACAAGUUUGAACAUCUAAUAUCGUCCAUAUGCACUGUAUUCAGUCAGGGUUCCCACGGUCAUGAAAUUCCUGGAAAAAUUAUGGAAUUAGAAAAACUUUUCUGGAAAUGUUUUGAUAUUCACAAAAUGCUUUGGAGAAGUUUUGAACAUACAUGUUCUGGCUUUUGUUUAAAAUAUGUUCAUAAAUAUCCCAAAAUAUGUCUGACAUUAUUCAUCAACAUCUACAUCUAGCAUUUAAAAUCUAGUUCUGCACUGAGUGACCAUUGAUUGGAUCUUCAGUUUUCUAUUCCCCAAGAAAGAGGCAGGGCCAUGACGUUUUGCGAAGUACAUGUUUUUUUUGUUGGUCUGGUCUAUUGGAAUAUGUGGUAAUAUCGAACUCUUUUUAUUAUAUUUUGGGCUUUUUUGCCUUUAUUUGAUAGGACAGACUGUAAGUAUGAAAGGGAGAGAGAAGGAAUUACAUGCAUCAAAGUGCCACGAGCUUAAAGCAAACCUGCAAAGACACAGCCUUGGUACAUGAGGCACCCACACUAUCCACUGAGCUACUGGGCGCCCGGUACUGUUGAACCCAAGAGUAAAGACAGCAAGUGCUGGCAGUUUCCUCAACCACAAAUGCUCAGGUAGUGUGUGUUUGCAGGCAUACCCAUUUUAAACUACUAAUAUGAAGUAAUGGAAACAGUGUGAAAUAUUAUAGAAACAUUUUGGAAAUGUUUUGAAAAUUCAUAUGUGCAAAUGCACAGGAACCCUGUUCAACUGAAUAUUGGUCAAACAGAAUUUGCAAAUCAUUGCAUUCUGUUUCUGCUUACGUUUUACAAGGCGUCCCAACUUUUUUGGAAUUGGGUUGCAAAAGCCAAUGAUGUUUGAACUGCGAAUAUGACAUAUACCAGAAUUAUGUUAGAGACACAUUUUCUUUAUGACUGCUGGAUAACUGAUCUGGAAUCAGAUUUACACAAAUAGUCGCAUCCAUUUGUUGGAGUUAUACAUGUACUUAUGGUUAUUCUAACUAUGUUUCUGCGUAUGUAAAGCCUUCACAUAAAAACCAUUACACAAUACUUGAAAAUCAUAAUGCACACUUAAAUGUCUCUAAGUGGACACUAUUGUACAACAGUUGAAGGUGCAGUAGAAAUGAAGGAGCUGCUCACAGGUGAUAAAAAGCAUACAUUUAUUGGGGAUGGUUCAAGGAAU